UCUUUUUUCCGCUGCAAUUUUGCAGCAAGUGCAUUUUUGCUCGUUCAUAUUUUGAAAUUCGAAUUUUCCACUUAAUUGUUUAAUCAUGGAGGCAAAAAACACACUUGUGCAUUGGUUUCGUAAAGGAUUACGUGUACAUGAUAAUCCAGCGUUAACGCUUGUGUUUAACAAAGCACUUAGUUCGCCUACACAAUUCUGUGUACGUCCAAUUUUUGUGCUCGACUCGGCGCUGUUGGAAUGGUUGCGUGUUGGCGCAAAUCGUUGGCGCUUCUUGCAACAAACUUUAGCUGAUUUGGAUGCACAAUUGCGCGAACUAAAUUCCCAACUGUAUGUAGUGCGCGGCACGCCGACGACAGUAUUUCCGCGCAUUUUCAAGGACUGGCGCGUCAGCUUGCUUACAUACGAGACAGAUAUUGAGCCAUAUGCACUGAAUCGUGACGCAGAAGUGCAACGUUUAGCAAAGGAAGCCGGUGUUAAGGUAGAUGCGUGUUGUUCGCAUACCAUUUAUAAUCCAGAGCUGGUGAUACAACGUAAUGGCGGCAGUGCGCCAUUGACAUAUCAGAAAUUUCUUAGUGUUGUGGAAAAACUGAAAGUGGCGUUGCCCGUGGCGACGCCGACAAGGUUGAGUGUGGAACAUAAACCACCAAAAGAUGAUAUGGAACAGAAGGAUCCAAAUUGUUAUCUAUUUCCAACAUUGGAGGAACUCGUUAAGCGGCCUGAGGAACUAGGCGAGAAUAAGUUUCCAGGCGGUGAAACUGAAGGUCUGCGCCGCUUGGAGGCUUCGCUGAGCGAUGAGUCAUGGGUAGCCGCCUUUGAGAAACCAAACACAUCACCGAACUCACUUGAACCCAGCACUACUGUGCUCAGUCCGUAUCUUAAAUUUGGUUGCCUUAGCGCACGCUUAUUUCAUCAACGUUUAAUGACUGUUUUAAAGCGGCAUCCAAAACAUUCCAAGCCGCCUGUAUCGCUCCUGGGACAAUUGCUUUGGCGUGAAUUUUAUUACACUGCCGCUGCUUCUGAGCCGAACUUCGAUCGCAUGAUAGGCAAUAAAUUCUGUAUGCAAAUACCGUGGGAAAGUAAUGAAGCGCAUUUGGCAGCGUGGACGCAUGGGCGUACUGGUUAUCCAUUUAUCGACGCUAUAAUGCGUCAGUUGCGCCAGGAAGGUUGGAUACAUCAUUUGGCACGUCAUGCAGUGGCAUGUUUCUUGACACGCGGAGAUUUAUGGAUUUCCUGGGAAGAGGGACAAAAAGUAUUUGAAGAGCUGUUGCUCGAUCAGGAUUGGGCAUUGAAUGCCGGCAAUUGGAUGUGGCUUUCCGCAUCUGCCUUCUUUUAUCAAUACUUUCGUGUAUACAGCCCCGUUGCCUUCGGUAAGAAAACCGAUGCUACAGGCGCUUAUAUAAGAAAAUAUGUACCUGAACUCGCCAAGUAUCCAGCAGGUUGCAUCUAUGAGCCUUGGAAAUCGUCACUGAGCGCACAGCGUGAAUAUGGUUGUGUGCUUGGUGAAGAUUACCCACAUCGCAUAGUCAAUCACGAGAUAGUGCAUAAGGAGAAUAUCAAACGCAUGACAGCGGCAUAUAAGGUGAACCGCGAGGUAAAGCAAGGCAAAAAUUCCGAUAACGAUGGCGGCAAAGGCAAGCGUAAAAAGGUAGGAAGUAGCGCUCAGUUGACAAAAAAACCACGUACAUAAUACGAAAGGUUUCGUAGUAUUAACAAUUAGCGUAAAAAGUAGCUUAAAGCUGUUAUACAUAUACUCUGUGGUAUAUUUGUUAAGUUUAUUAAAUAAUGUAUAUUAAAUUAAGAAGUGA